AUGAGAGACCUUGAUGAUCUUGACGUACUUGAAAUCGAGAUGACUGACGAUGCGGACAGCGAUGAAGAAGCGAUGGGCGAGAAGUGGUAUGCUUUGGUUGUGUCUACUUAGGU